AUGCCUAGGAAGAAGAGCUGGAAGAAAGCUGCUGUGAAGAAGACGAAAUCUUGUAAGGCAGAUGUGGGUGACAAGUACCCCACAGAUGUUGGCCACGUCCAACCAUCUGUGCCUCUGGGUGUAGGCCACGUCCUAACACCUAUGACAUCUGUACCGGCAGGGGUGAUCUCUACCACCCCUGUGACAGUGGUCUCUGCGGCUCUCCCUGAGACCACUUUGACUGAAACUAUGCCUCAAGUGUUGCCUCUGGCUCAAACUAUACCUCAAAUGUUGCCUCUGGCUCAAACUAUGCCUCAAAUGUUGCCUCUGGCUCAAAUGUUGCCUCAAAAGUUGCCUCAAAUGAUUACUCUGAAUUCCUCUCAGUUGCUUACUCAGAAUAUAUCUCAGAUUACAACUCAGAAUAUUACUCCGUUUACAAUGAACAAUAUACCAAAUGAAACAACACAUGCACUGCAAGGUAAUUGUAUGCAUCAGAAUUCAGAUAAUCUCGUGUUUGGAUCCUUCCAUCAGGGAAGCAUGAGGUUUUCAUCAUUUUCAAGAGGUAAUCAGUGUACAUGCAAUUCACUUAUGAUGUUGUCAAAUUCAUAUGAAAAUUUUUCAUUUACUAGUUCCUUUUUAGAUCAGACUCUGCUCAAGGGAGAUAAUUUGUACAACACAGCUGUGAAGAAUCUCCAGAGUGCUGGAAAUUUUAAAAGUAGGUUACUGAUGUUUGAUGAACUACCACUUCAUAUUGAUUCUGGUGAAAAUCAUCACAUUGUUGACAAGUUUGAUACAUUGUUUGGUUUAUUAGUUACAGAUGAUAAGAGAAAUCAAAUUCAAACUCUACAUGAAUGUCUGCAACAAGCAUUGGGGUUAUCUAGAUAUGUAUUAAUAAUGAUUGGCUCGAUAUGUUCAGCACUGUACAAAGCUUCAGACAAUGAUUUUUAUUUUUUUGACUCGCAUUCUCAUGGGGAAAAUGGUUUGUCUGAAUGUGAUGGAAAGUCUCUGAUGAGACACAGUUGCUGCUUAGAUGAUUUGUUAGGAUUUCUGUAUGCAAUGUAUGAAAGUAUGCACAUUGAAUUUGCAACUGAGUUUGAAGUGAUGCCUGUUGCCUUUCGCACACUUAUUCAUAGCUUCCCUAGUAAUAAUCAAAGUACACAUCAAUAUUGUAGAUUAGAUCAGUUAACAACAACUGCUCUCACAAACAAACAAUCUGCUGGUACCAAUACUGGUCACUUAAAAACAACAGCGAUAAAGAAAGAUAAAAAGGAUUACAUGAGAGAAUAUAUGAGAAACAAGAGACAGGAAUCAGAGUUCAAACAAAAGGAAAGGGACAGUAAAAGAAACAAAAGACAAGAUCAAGAGUUUAAAGAAAGGGAAAGGGACAGAAAGAGAAACAAGAGACAGGAUCCAGAGUUUAAAGACAAUGAAAGAGACCGUAAAAGAAACAAACGACAAGAUGCAGAGUUUAAAGGAAAAGAGAGGGACAGUAAGAGAAACAAGAGACAAGAUCCAGAGUUUAAAGAGAAGGAAAGGGACAGUAUGAGAAACAAAAGACAGGAUCCAGAGUUCAUAGAAAAGGAAAGGGACAGUAUGAGAAACAAGAGACAAGAUCCAGAGUUCAUAGAAAAGGAAAGGGACAGUAUGAGAAACAAGAGACAAGAUCCAGAGUUUAAAGACAGGGAAAGGAACAAAAAGGAAAGGGACAGUAUGAGAAACAAGAGACAAGAUCCAGAGUUUAAAGACAGGGAAAGGAACAGUAAGAGAAACAAGAGACAGGAUCCAGAGUUUAAAGAGAAGGAAAGGGACAGUAUGAGGAACAAGAGACAGGAACCAGAGUUCAAAGAAAAGGAAAGGGACAAUAAUGUUUUGUUGCAUGCUGAAAUCAAAAGGAAGUAUUUUACUAAUACAAAGUCUGUAAAUGGGCAGGAAUGGAUAUGCAACACAUGCAAUUCAAGUUUAAAAGAAAGUCGAACGCCAAAACUCUCUAUUGCAAAUGGAAUGACAUGGCUUCAAAAACCAAGUGAAUUAAAUCUGUUACCAUUGGAAGAAAGACUCGUAUCCUUAAGAAUUCCCUUCAUGCAGAUAAGAGAAUUACCAAGAGGAGGGCAGUAUUCAGUAAAAGGAAAUGUUGUAAACGUGCCAGUUGACAUUCAACCAACAAUCAACAGUCUUCCCAGGAGACUUGAUGAAAAUAUUACAAUACCUGUGAAGUUAAAAAGGAAACUAUCUUUUCAGCACUCUUAUUGUCAUGAAAAUAUCCGACCUACAAAGGUUCUGAUUGCUUUACAUUGGUUAAUGAAAAACAGUGAAUAUUAUCAGAAUUCAAACAUAAACAUAGAUGACAACUGGUUCCUUGAGGUCACCAAUUCCGCAAGCGAAUUAAUGAGAGAGUUUAUAGAGGGUCACACCAAUCAAGAUUCAGCAAUGCAUGACCAAUCAGAUGAAUCAGACUCUGAUGAAUUCUGUGAAGUUGAUAGUGGUAAGGAUGGAAAUCGUGAUACUUUACUAGACAGUGACUCGUAUGACAUGAAUCAGAUCUUCACAUUUGCUCCAGGAGAGGGACAGCGACCAAUUAGUUUGUAUCAAGAUCAAAUGGCUGAGUAUUUGUCAUUUCCUACAAUAUUUUGUGGCAAAGGAAGGGUAGAAAACGAUCAGCGUCAAAUACCUGUUUCAUAUGCUGAUAUUGCCAAGUGGGAAUUACGAAGUGUUGAUAGACGUGCUGCACAGUCGGUACCAAAUUUGUUUUUCAAAUUGAAAAAGAUUCAACUAAAACAGGUAACAGACAAAUGCAAUUUAGCCCUUAGAAAGUGCAAAACAAAGGGGAAAACCUUUACUGCAAAUGAAAUAAGAAAUCCUGAUCAAAUCAAUGACAUUGUUAGACACAAUGAGGGAUUUUAUGUUUUCAAACAGUUGAGAAAUUCUCCUCCUUAUCUUGAAACAAGAAAGAAAGACGUUUUUGCAAUGAUACGACAGCUUGGUCUACCAACUUGGUUUAUGUCCUUUUCUGCUGCAGAUACACGUUGGAAUGAUCUGAUCAGAGCAUUAGGAGUUUUAAACGAUGACAAACAGUACACAGAUUCUGAAAUUGAGAGCAUGACAUGGACUGAAAAGUCAAAGUUAAUUCAGAAAGAUCCGAUUACAUGCACAAGGUAUUUUGAUCAUCGUUUUCGGACUUUUUUGAAUACUGUGCUUAAGAGUGAUCAUCAUCCUAUUGGUAAGAUACAGGACUUUUUCUAUAGAGUUGAAUUUCAACAGAGGGGAUCACCACAUGUUCACAUGAUUGUUUGGAUUGAAAAUGCUCCAAAAUACUUAGAAAAUGAUAACAAGGAAAUUGCUGCAUUUGUUGACAGCUACUUGAAGUGUGAAAGGAAUACAGAAGACAAUUUGACAGAAUUGCAGGUUCAUAAACACUCACAAACAUGCAAGAAAAAAGGAAAGGCUGUUUGUAGAUUUGGAUUUCCACUUCCACCACUCCAAGCUACUAUGAUAUUAGAACCUUUGGACAGUGACAUUGAUAAAUACAAGAAAAUGCACAAGACUAUGCAAGACAAAGUGAAUGACUUUAAAAAUGGAUGUGACAUAAGCUGCACUUUCCAAGACUUUUUGCAGAAUGUACUACAACUUUCUGAAGAUGAUUAUAUAAAAUGCAUCAGAAGUUCUUUGAGAACACCCAAGGUAUUUUUAAAACGUAAACCCUGUGACUUGAGAGUGAAUGCUUACAACAGUACUCUUCUUCAUGCUUGGGCAGCAAACAUUGAUAUUCAGUAUGUUUUGGAUCCAUAUGCUUGUGCAAUGUACAUUGUCUCAUACAUAAGUAAAUCCCAAAGAGGAAUGAGUGAGCUGCUGAGUAGAGCUGCUAAGGAAGCAAGAGAGGGCAAUCUUGACAUUAAGAGACAAGUUAGACACAUUGGAAAUCAAUUUCUUAACAGUGUUGAAGUUGGAGCACAAGAAGCUGCAUAUCUAGUUUUGCAAAUGCCCCUUACAAAAGCAUCAAGAGAUGUAAUGUUCAUAAACACAUCUCCAGUUGAUGACCGUGUAAUACUUGUCAAACCUGAUUCAGAACUUGAAAAGUUGAAUGCUAAUUCCACAGACAUAGAAUGCAGUAACAUAGUCAAAAGAUAUGCAAAACAUCCAAAACAACUUGAAAACUGGUGUUUAGCUGACUAUGUGUCACAGUUAGAUGUAGUUUUCCCAAAGGAAAGUAUAAGUGAGCUGUCUGAAAUGGAAACAAAUGAUGAUGAGAAGCACCAGUCAGAAAAUGAAGAUAGUGGAAGUGAUACUGAGGGUGAAUUUAAAGAAGACAGCACAUUAGUUGUGUUGAGAAAUGGAAUUAAAAUCAAGCGCAGAAAAACACCAAGAGUUAUAAGAUAUGUGCGUUAUAGCUUAAAGACAAACCCAGAAAAUUACUAUAGAGAAAAACUAAUGCUGUUCACUCCAUGGCGAAAUGAAUGUUCUGAUCUUCUGUGUGGACAGCAGAGCUUUGAGCAGUCAUUUAACCAGAAAAAAUUUUUCUUGGCUCAGAAAAUCAAACAGUAUGAACACAAUGCUGAUGUGCUUGAGCAGGCAGAACAGAUGGCGCAGGAUGAUUUGACAGAAGCAUAUGAUGAAUUAGCUCCUGGUACUCAACAAACUGACGCAGAUGAUGAAUAUGAAGGAAAUGUUGAUUCUGAAACAUUCGUUCACUUUAAUCCAGAAAGGCCAAUUGAACAGAGAGAGUAUGAUAUAGGAAAUGAAGUUGGAAUUCCAUCAACAAGACAAUUAAAUGAACAGAGUUCUGUUAGAUUACCUGAUGAUGAGUAUUUAAAGCUUGUAGCCAGUUUAAAUUUGAAGCAACGCGAAUUCUUCAAUCAUGUUAUGCAAUGGAUCAAGUCUAAACAGGAACCUAUUCAUGCAUAUCUUUCAGGAGGUGCAGGAGUUGGGAAGUCAGUGUUAAUUAAAGCGCUUUAUCAAGCUUUACAUCGGUAUUUAUGUGCUAAGGAGGGUGAAAAUCCAGACGAUAUACGAAUUCUUCUUUGUGCAUACACUGGUAAAGCUGCGUUUAACAUUGGUGGUCAGACAAUUGCUUCUGCAUUUCACCAGAAAAUUAACCAAAGGCAGCAAAAUAUGCAUUGUGAUGAACUCAACACAUUUAGAACUAAAUACAGAAAUUUGUCAGUUGUCAUCAUAGAUGAAAUUUCAAUGGUUGGCAAUGCAAAGUUGGAAUUUAUCAAUGGCAGACUUCAGCUUCUUACUGGUUUGAAGAGGCCGUUUGGAGGCAUCAGUAUUAUUGCUGUUGGAGAUUUCUUUCAACUGAAACCAAUUAUGGAUGGCUGGAUUUUUCAAGAUUUAAAACAAAAUGCCCAAGCACUUGCAUGUAAUCUUUGGAAAGAAAACUUCACCUUAUUCGAGUUAGAUGAACUAAUGCGACAAAAGGAUGAUUUAGAAUUUGCACAGCUUUUGAACCGUCUUCGUCACAAUGAGAUGACUUCUGAGGACUUGGAUAUAAUUCACAGGUGCAUCAUUGCUGAAAAUAGUCCAAAUUAUCCACACAAUGCUCCCCAUCUUUUCACAAUGAAUGCAAAAGUAGAUGAAUAUAACAAUAAACUUAUAGAGCAACUUCCUGGUGAAAAAGUUAUUGUAAAAGCUGUUGACAGUGUCCUCCAAGACCACAGUAAGUCUGUGAAAGACCGACUACUCAGAUCAUUGCAAAAUCAAGAUGAUGUUAGCAAAACUGCAAAUCUCAUGACAAAACUAACUCUAGCCAUUGGAAUGAUAUAUGACAUUACAGUUAAUAUUGAUGUUACUGAUGGCUUGACAAAUGGUUCAUCAUGUACUGUAUUUCUUGUUGAAAACAGAUUACCUGGUGUAUCAAGGCCAAGUAUAGUAUGGGUGAAGUUUUUGGAUUCUGCAUUAGGGAGAAUUGCUCGACAGAAAUACAGACAUCUUUUCCAUGAUGGUGUUAUGGAUGAUUGGACACCGAUAUUUGACUGUCAGCGAUCUUUUGUUUUCAAUUCAACUACAUAUCAAAGAAUACAGUUUCCUUUAAGACCAGCUGCAGGUAAGACAAUUCAUAAGGCUCAGGGCUGCACUGUUGAUGAAAUUGUAGUAGAUUUAUCUCAGUCAAGGAUAAGGAAAACACCCCACAUUCAUUAUGUAGCUCUUAGUAGAGUUAGAUCUGUUGACAAAUUGCAUAUUCUGAAUUUCAAUGAGCAAGCAUUAACUGUUGAUGAUAAAGUUGUAGAAGAAAUGGAAAGAAUGAGGAAGGAAGCACCUCUAAAGCUGUGUUAUCUUCCAUUGUACAAAACAGAGCAGAACAAACUAAAAAUUAUGUUUAAUAAUGCAAGAUCUCUUCACAAACAUUUUGAUGAAAUUAAAAAUGAACCCAAUGUUGUAGCAUCAGAUGUUAUUGGUUUUUCAGAAACAAGACUAACCAUCAAUGAUGAACAGAAUUUUAUGAUGGAAGGUCACAAAGAAUUUCUGAACUUUAUGAAGUUGAAUUUAAAAUGCACACAAUUGAUCAAAAAGAUGGAUGACAGUGGGAAAAAUGAAAUGGGGCGAAUAUUUCCCUGUAUACAGUAUCUUAUAGACACCAAUUACUUGAUGUAA